AUGCAUACAAGCUACAGAAUCCCUUCCUACAUGUUGCCAUCACAGCCAAGAAUUGCCAUUAUCGGCGGUGGUCCAGCCGGACUGACCCUCGGUCUUCUGCUUCACAAGCGUGAUAUCCCAUUUCUAGUAUUUGAGGCCCGCCAGGAACCAACAGACGCAGAAUUGGCGAAACCUUCUGGGAUGCUCGAUCUCCAUGAGGAAUCUGGCCUCGCUGCAAUCCGAGAAUGCGGGUUAUACGGCCGCUUCCUUCAGCUCACAGGCGAAUGCUCCGAGGCGCAAAAGGUCUCAGACAAGGAUGGAAACAUCCUACACACAGAUGAAGGAGAGCUGAGUGGGCGCCCAGAAAUCUCUCGCCAUGCGCUGACCAACCUCUUGGCCACCGAUCUUCCACCUCACACUAUCAAAUGGGGACACAAGCUCCUCUCUGCUACUACCUCAACCACACCCAACGGCAUGGAAGUCGAGCUGGACUUUGGGCAACAUGGAAAACUGCCCUUCGAUCUAGUCAUCGGUGCUGAUGGUGCCUGGUCCCGCGUCCGUAGUCUACUCACGGACGUGAAACCGUAUUACGCAGGGACGCAGAGUAUUACCGCAAACAUAACUCAGCUCGCAAAGUAUCCGCAUCUGGCUGAGCUCAUCGGCUGCGGUAGCUUCUCGGCGCUUGGUCUCCGGCACGGAGUCAUGUCGCACCGUUUAUCGCAGAAUGCAGCGCGCAUCUACACUUUUCUCACUCUGCCGGACGAGGACUUUCCUUCCUCGUCGGGGCUUGCGUGUUGUACCGCAGCAGCUGCCAAAAGCAAAAUCCUCCAAGACGAUACCCUUCUUGGCCGGUUUGGGCCUGUCAUCAAAGAACUGGUUGCCGUCUCAUGCGAGGAGGAGACGAGCAACAAUCCCGGCGCCCUGUUGGAUAUCAAACCGCUAUACACGCUACCUAUUGGAACCUCGUGGGAACACAAGUCUAAUGUAACGCUCGUCGGCGAUGCGGCGCAUUUGAUGUGUCCAUGGGCAGGGGAGGGCGUCAACCUAGCAAUGUGGGACUCGCUGUUGCUUGCACAUGCAAUUAUCAGAGCUCAUGAGACCGUUGCGAAGAAUGGUGGUUCAUUUAUCAGCGCACUGGACCCGUUACUCGUGGAUUUCGAGGUGGAGCAGCUAGAACGCACCGAGGAGAAGGCACAGGAAACGUAUAAUAACGGCCAGAUGCUAUUUGGGGAAGAUGGAGCGAAGGCCUUCGCUGGGUUCUUCCAGAGCGUCUACGGCACUGUACGGUGA